AGAGAGAGAGAGAGAGACUCCACGCACACAGGCUCUCACGCCUACUCAGACAGCCCACCGCACUUUUCAGACGCCCACCUCCAGCACACUCCCCUCCCCUAAAAGGCAUUCACCCACUCACCAGCUGUAGCCUCUUCCGUCCCCCGCCCUCCCGCCAGGCUCCCCCUCUCCAAGUAGCAGACCCGCGGGCUAGGAAGCAGGGACCCCCGGCUGAUGAGCUAGGGAGCGAGCGAGCGGCUAGGGAGGGAGCUUAGCACUGACCUCCGCUUGCCCUGCGUGCAGAUUAACAAAGGAGGCGGCGAACCCCGGCCCGGCUGCCAGGAGCCAAAAGCUGGCCGCGGGGCCCGGAGCCUUUCCAGCCGGCAAGCGCGCGCACGGCGCUGGCUGCUCCGGAGUCACAGGCGACGGCGACUGGGCUCACAGAUUCCCUCCGAAGCCGCGCUACUGGGACACCGGUCACACCAUGGGCUGCUGCACCGGGCGCUGCUCGCUCAUCUGUCUCUGCGCGUUGCAGCUGCUUUCAGCCCUGGAGAGGCAGAUCUUUGACUUCCUCGGCUUCCAGUGGGCACCCAUUCUUGGAAAUUUCCUGCAUAUAAUAGUUGUCAUAUUGGGUUUAUUUGGAACCAUUCAGUAUAGACCACGUUACAUUCUGGUGUACACAGUGUGGAGUGCCCUCUGGGUCACCUGGAAUGUGUUCAUCAUCUGCUUUUAUUUGGAAGUAGGUGGCCUCUCUAAGGACACAGAUCUGAUGACAUUCAACAUCUCUGUACAUCGGUCAUGGUGGAGGGAACAUGGACCUGGCUGUGUCCGGAGAGUGCUGCCCCCAUCAGCCCAUGGCAUGAUGGAUGACUAUACAUAUGUCUCAGUCACAGGCUGUGUCGUCGAUUUCCAGUACCUAGAGGUCAUCCACAGUGCUGUACAAAUACUGCUAUCUCUGGUUGGUUUUGUGUAUGCCUGUUAUGUGAUCAACAUAUCCAUGGAAGAAGAAGACACCUGUCGAAAUAAGUAAUGACAUUGACUCUGAAACGCGGCUCCUGGACUUGAGUUAGGGAACAAAGAAGCACCGGCCUCUGGCACUGGGGAUCCUAUGGCAUCACCUUCCUCCCAGACAGGAUUGCAACCCCUGCAGGCCAGCGAACACGGAGCUGCCGAGCAGAGAGGUCUUUGGUCUCAGCCUGUGUAACAUUAGCGUUGUUUGAUAGAUGCGUUCUGGGUGCUUGGGUGGGUAUUUUUUUAGUCAUCUUCUUCUUAUAUGAGCACUUGUAAAUUUAAAAAAAAAAGGAAGGAAGAAAAACUGUUUUUUAAAUUUUUUUACAGUAUUUAACUUGAGGCAUGCGAAUGGAAAAAAAAAUCUGUGAAAAUCGUCUCCGAGUCUAAGGGGACUGUCUGUGUUGCUGAGGAGGUGGUGAAAUGCAGGCUGCUGAACCCUGCUGGGCUGCUGGGUUUGUGUAAAUACACAGUGCCUGUGGGCAUCAGACACGAGGUUAGACCUGUGGCAGCUUGUGCAAAAACUGGAUCCAACUUUCAAACUAAGCAUGGGUCACCAUUUAAACAGCACUAGACACAGACAACUCAACUUCUGACGACCCGGCACCAAUAUCCUGGCAAUCUAAAUUUCCAGCUUCAUGCAUAUCUUGUUCUUGCAAUAGUCUGAGAUGCAUAUAUAUGUAUGUUUUCAUAUGUAUUGCGAGUACAAAAGGAAGCAAAUGAUUAGUGGAGGCCCUUACCCUGAGGAGGGGGCUUGGGUGUCUCUGAGGUUCAUAUUUUCUGCUCUUUCUUUCUCUCCCAAUGCUGAUGUCACAGCUCAAGGGCUGCAGGAUGGAAACCACAACCAUAAAUCUGCAGCCAGGAACUUUUAGGAUAUCCAAAGGGAACAUUCAAAUCCUAUGGAACUCUAUAGAAACCUGUAGAGAAAAUAUUUAUGGUUGACUUACAUCAAUUUUUCAUUUUCCCAUCCAUCCCAAUAGCCAAGAAAAUUACGUGGGGGAAGGUCUAUCUUGGGAAAAAUAAUAAAAUAAUUUGGGAGCUUUUUAAAUUGACACAAAUUGUACAGGUGGUGAAAUGUGUAGACUUUAAGGGUACAAUGUAACUAAUUUGGAGAAGUACACCAACUGAGUAACCAAUGUUUCAGCCAAAUACAGACCAUGUCUGACACAGGAGAAGCCUCCCUUAGGCUCCUCCUUCCCAUCAGUCACCAUGUUGCCAUAGACCCACAACACAUACCACACAAUGAACUGCACUGUGCCUGAGUCAGUCUGCUGAUUCAAAUGGUGAUCCCAUCUGGUUUUGACCAAACAUUGUGACAUGGCCAAAUGGAUACCGAACACCUGAGUGGGUUCUCGCUGCUUAGGUUUUGGCUCAUCGCUGGUUAACUGUCUGCUCACAAUGUAAGGCAGGCGCUUGUCUCACUCACAGCAGUGUUUUUCUGUCUCCCCACUAGUUCCCAUAUGGAAAUACGUUUGGCUCCUUUUGUAUACACAUGAAAAUGAAGUUUUCCCUCUGUCAAGCUUCUGUCUGUUCACUGUUUGCUCCAGAGAUGGUCCAGUGUGGUUCAUGUAUCUCUAAGACACCCAUAAACCACUGGAAUUGAUGCAA